AAAGAUUUCAUCCUCAGAGCAAAUCAGUAUAAGUGAAUAAAUCUAGGAUGAAAGCCCAGUUUAAUUAUACCAUCUUAUUCAUUCUGUUGUGGCUUCUUUGUUCUAUAGAUUGUGCCCUUAGUGCUGAGUUAAAUGAAUUACCUCAGGGAGGUUGGAAAUUACGCGUUCUCUCGCCUGGAUAUUCACCACCACCACCAUACGCCGUAUGGGUUGAUGGGGACUCGAUUAAUAUUACCAAACUGAACACUAGUGGCCUCGAUAAAUUCUUUUCACGCGCAGUUGGGCUUCUUCAAAUGCUAAAUUUAAGAACCUAUAGGGAGUCAAAUGAAACUUUUCACCUCAAGAAAGCGUUUAGUCACUCGUUAUUUGCCACAAAAAAAGGCGAUAACAUUGAUGUUUAUUGCAAUUCAGGUCUUCUUGAUGGAAUGAAUCUUUCUCAAUUACUGAACGAGAACGGAUUUUUUAGUAAAUCUUUUGGUGAUGCCCUACCGAUACACAUGAUUUAUGAUGACCAAUGCACUGCGUUGCCGUGGGGAAUUGAGCACAUCAGUGUUCAUUAUCAAAGUUCCUCUCAAAAAAUUCAGUAUUUCACCUUCGCAUUUGUGCUUCGGGAGCGUGAAAGCAACAAGAUUCGUGUAGUAGUUGUCGAGGCUACUCCUUUUACCCGUGAGAAGCCAAAACGCGAGGGAUCCCUUUACGGGCCGUUAGGGGCGAUUAUCGUGCUUUCAAUGCUGCGCGCUCUCCCAAGGUACUUCAUGAAGCGGAAUAGCCGCAUCGGCAAGGGAUGUUCCUAUCGAAGUAGGGUCUUUUCUAUCUCCGAAUCUGAGAGGCGCAAGUUGAUGAAGGAAAAGUGCGAAAAAAUCAUUAGUGAUAUGAAGACUCAGGAUGACAAAUCCUAAAUUAACAACUUUCAGGAUUUAUAUGAUAACUUCAAAA